AUGGAUUUUAGAAACUUGUCUACCCAUCAAAUGGACAAUAUAGUACAGCGUCGUCCCUCUUUGUCAUCACUAUCAUCGGCUUCCGGAUAUUCAUCAUCCUCGACGCCUUUCAACACAAAGAGUUACACCCCAAACGCUCUCAUGAAUAAAGACCUACAAAGUUCGUGGCUUAAUCAACCCAGUUCCACUUCGAUAGGUCCAUGGGUGGAGCAACAGCAGCAACAAACUCUUGAUGCCUUGGAUAAAUCUUUGGACAAAUCAAUUAAUGAUGAGAUGAAGCCUAAUGAUAACGAACCUCACGAAAACAAUGACAACACUGACGAUGAUGAACUUAUCCCCACUGCGAUUGUAAUUAAAAAUAUUCCAUUUGCUAUCAAAAAAGAACAAUUGUUGGACGUUAUGACGAAGCUAAAUUUGCCCUUACCUUAUGCAUUCAACUACCAUUUUGAUAAUGGUGUGUUUAGAGGCUUAGCGUUUGCCAACUUUACCUCCACUGAUGAAACUUCCCUCGUGGUGAAUCAGCUCAAUGGAAGGGAAAUAGGAGGUAGAAAGUUGAGAGUUGAAUACAAAAAGAUGUUACCUGCCCAAGAAAGAGAAAGAAUCGAGCGUGAAAAGCGGGAAAAAAGAGGACAAUUGGAGGAGCAACAUAGAUCGACGUCUAAUGCAUCUUUAGCGUCCUUACUAUCGCAAGCUUCAACAACGGCCGCAACCAAAAACCUUAGCGUUGCUGGGACAUCCACCUCGCAAGAAAGAAUUCUUUUAAACUUGCCGUUCGGUUGCUCACUGUUUAGUCCACCCGAGCUCAAUUUUAAUGAUCCUGAGAUUUUAGAACUAUACACGCAGUUGGUACUUUACCGCGAUGAUGCUUCCAAGACAGUUUUUGAAUUGGCAAUAUCACCAUUGAACUUGAACAUUGCACAAAGAAAAAUCAUUUCAUAUAUUUGCAAUUAUCUAAAUUUAUUAGAACUAUUUGAUAAUGGUAUGAUUAUCAUUAGAAGAAAACCGGGUCAUAUGUCGAUUGCUCCUGGACAAACACGCCAACAGCCUCUUCAUUCAGCCUCCAUGAUGAAUCUUAAUCAGUUGGCAAACCCUCCUGAGUUGUUACGUUCUCAUUCUCAAUCGGCAAUACCAAUGCCCAGAUUGAGACAACAAACAUCAACUCCAACUCAGCAACAACCCCAACUAGUUUACCAACAAAGACCCUAUACACAACAUGGAUAUUACCAACAGUCACAACAGCCACAGCAGUUGGCUCAAAAUUUAUCAGCGGGUAGUUCUGCUGCCGCAUUGUUGAGGACAAAUAACAACAGAUCAUAUGUCGAUGUCAGGUCUACACCACCAUUGACCCAGCCAGAAAGCAAUCCAAUCUCACAGCAACAUCAAUUUUUCCAACCCAAUACCACAAGCACCAACAAUACAUCCUCCCAACCUCAGACACCGUCCAGUGGAUCCAUUUGGGGUCCAAGGUUUAUAUAG